GCAUAUUUCUUCUGCGAAGCCUUCCAUAGGAAAUCAAGCCAUCAUUCUUUCAACUUGAACAUUUCUGCACGAGCCACUAUAAACAUACAAGCGCCACACCUCGAAGAUGUCGUCACAGCUAUUCGACAACAAGGAGCAAUACCCCCCUUCCCCCACCAUCGGAAGUGAGGAAUCUGGCUAUGCCUCCGCCACGUCAAGCCAGGAUGGUCUUGCAGAAGUCUACUUCAGCAAGCCUCAUCUCAAAUUCGUCAAUGCUCAGUUGCAGAAGCUUGAACCACAGGAAAUCUUGAAAUGGUGCAUCAUGACUCUGCCUGGUCUUUUCCAGACUACUGCCUUUGGUCUCACUGGUCUGGUUACCAUCGACAUGCUUUCCAAGCUCGAAGGACCCUUGAACCACAACAUUGAUUUGAUCUUCCUCGACACACUCUACCACUUCGACGAGACCUAUGCGCUCGUUGACAAGGUCCGAAGACGUUAUGGAACCCCAGUUCACGUCUACAAGCCUGCCGGCUGUGACAGCGUCGACGACUUCACCAAGAAGCAUGGAAACAAGCUUUGGGACACCAACGACGAACUUUACGACUAUGUUGCCAAGGUGGAGCCUGCGGAACGCGCCUACUCUGACCUUCAAGUCAAGGCUGUUCUGACGGGACGCCGUCGCAGCCAAGGUGCUCAGCGUGGCGACCUGGACAUUGUCGAAGUCACUGAGGAUGGCCUUAUCAAGAUCAAUCCAUUGGCCAACUGGAGCUUUGCCCAGGUCAAGGCAUACGUCGACGCCAACGAUGUUCCGUACAACGACCUCCUCAACCAAGGAUACAAGAGUGUUGGUGACUGGCAUUCCACUCAGCCAGUAGCAGCAGGUGAGGAUGAGCGAUCAGGACGCUGGAAGGGCAAGGCGAAGACCGAGUGCGGUAUCCAUAACCCCAAGUCGCGCUACGCCCAGUUCCUGCGCGAGCAGGAGCUCAAGAAGCAGCAGGAGGUGCUGAGCGAUGCUCUACAAAAGGUGUCGAUUGCGCAAUAGCGUAUCUCUCGACCUAGAUUUGUUUUUACUUCCUCGAGCAUUAGCACGGCGUUUGGGAUUUUCGGAUACGACAAAAGAUGAUAGCAUUCUCCAGUGGAGACCAACCAUAGCAUGACGGGGCCGAGAUACCCACAUAAGAGCCACAAGCUCAACAAUCAGAUGUUUACAAAAAAAUGCA